AUGACUAAUGCAGACGGUUCCCUGAUGGCUGAUAUCUGGGCAAGAAUCCAUCCUGGGACUGUGCUGCUGGCUUCUGUCACCUUCCUGCUCCUGGCUGACUACCUCAAAAGCAGGCGUCCCAAGAACUACCCUCCAGGGCCCUGGCGCCUGCCCUUCGUGGGCAACUUGUUCCAGUUCAAUUUAGAGUUGUCACAUCUGCAUUUGGACAUCCAGCCGUUUGUGAAGAAGUACGGAAACAUAAUUAGCCUGGACUUUGGUAACAUCUCCUCAGUGGUCAUAACUGGACUGCCCUUAAUCAAAGAGGCUUUCACUCACAUGGAACAAAACUUUUGGAAACGCCCAGUUUUACCUAGCAGGGAACGUGUCUUUAAAAAUAGUGGAAUUGCCUUCUCCAGUGGACAGACAUGGAAGGAGCAAAGACGGUUUGCACUGAUGAUGCUCAAGAACUUCGGAUUGGGGAAGAAGAGCUUAGAGCAGCGCAUAAAGGAGGAGGCCUUCUACCUUGUGGAGGCCAUAGGAGAGGAAGAAGGACAGCCUUUUGACCCUCACUUGAAGUUGAAAAAUGCAUUUUCCAACAUCAUUUGCUCCAUCACUUUUGGAGAGCGCUUUGAGUAUGAGGAUGGUCAGUUUCAGGAGCUGCUGAAGUUAGCAGAUGAGACAGUAUGUUUGGAGGCAUCAAUGAUGUUAAUGGUAAACUCCCUGCCUUUGCACAUUUUGGAAAGAAUAUUGGAUUGGGAAUGG